AUGUCUUACUUCUCCACAGGCGUUGAUAACGGUGGACUGGCCUCCUUAAACGACCAGGAGCAGGCGGUUCUAGCGAGUCCACCUCUGGACCAUGAGGACUGGCGCUGCGUGCGGCUGGUGUACCAGAUCACUGGAGGAGGUUCCCUGCAGCUCCACCUCCGACCCGAUGGAGAUAAUUUUGACUAUCCACUGUGGACAGCCGGCCGAGCCUCUGACAGCUGGCUCAUUGCCAGUGUGGACCUAGCAAAACACCACGACCCCCUACAGCACACGACGUUCUGCUCAUCUGUAUCUUCAACUGUUCCAGGCUACUACAUGUAUGUGGACUCUGUGUACGCCAAGCACUUCCAGGAAGUAGCCAAGCUGACUUCGCCCAUGACCACGGUGCCCAUAGCCGGCUGCCUGUCCUUCUACUACAACAGAGAUCAAGAGAGAGGAAACAUCUUUUCAGUUUUCACCAGAGACCAACUGGGCCACUACGAGGAGAUCUGGAGGCCAGGGGUGUAUGCUACAUCCGGCUGGACUCAAGUCAGCGUCGACAUCAAGGCCCCACACCCGCUGGAGGUGGUGUUCGAGGUGGCCUUCAACAGUGCCAGAGGUGGAUACGUUGCAAUUGAUGACAUCUCCUUCUCACCGGAAUUUUGCCACACUGACACAGAACCAACCUUUGACCCCUCCAUAGCCAACUGUGACUUCGAGAAUGGGCUGUGUCUGUACCAUCAGGAGAGGACAGAGAGUAAGGUGUGGAGCAUAGCGUCAGUAAAGCCUAAUGCCUACAGGAUAGGAGACCAUACCACAGGAACAGGACGUUUCCUCGUGGCAAACACACGUUUUACUUUGCAGCCCGGCUAUGUGGGUCGGCUUCAUGGUCCAUUGUUACCAGGCAACCACAAAUACUGCCUGAGGUUCUACUACCUGCUGCAUGGCUUUAGGAAAGUAGACAAUGCUCUGUUUCUCUACAUUUAUGACGAGAACAAUGUGGCCCAGGAGAAGGUGUGGAGCCUGACUGACACUUCAAAGGCUGUGUGGACUGAGGUGGAGAUCACCUACAUGAAGCCAAUGUUCACCAAGGUCGUGUUUGUCAGCAUAUGUAAGAACUUCUGGGAAUGUGGCCUUGCUGCCAUCGAUGACAUCACAGUCAGCCUGGGGGAUUGUCGAAUGACAGCAGGCUCCCUCCCGGGCCAGUGUGACUUUGAAGGUGGAAUCUGCGGCUACACCCAGGACAAGAGAGAAGACAAAGCCGACUGGCUGAGAAUUCGAGGACACACCCCUACCUCUUUUACAGGACCCCGAGGAGACCACACUACUGGGGUGGGCUACUUCAUGUACAUCGAGGCGUCCCUCAUGCGUCCAGGUGACAAGGCCCGACUGCUGACCUCUGACCUGCGGGGCUCUUCGUCCCCUCAGUGCCUGGUCUUUUACCACCACAUGUACGGCUCCGGCACCGGCAUACUGAGCGUGCUCCUGCGCCGCGCCGACGGACAACGCGACACUUUGCUGUGGCGCCGCCGCGGCGAGCAGAGCGUCAGCUGGAUGAGGGCAAUGGUGGACUACCACUGCGACGUCCGACACCAGAUUGUAUUUGAAGCCAUCCGGGGCCCGACACUGCGGAGCGAUAUCGCCAUCGAUGACAUCCAUUUCAAAAGGGGACCCUGUGAAGAUCCCGGCGACGUCACUCCGUACUCGGGCUUCUCCGAGUUUUUCAAUGAGAUUGAGAAAUGAGACCGGCGGGACGUUCCGCGCAGCUUUUUCUUUGUUCUUUGGAAGUGCAAGUUUGAAGGAGCCUUCGAGACAAUUGACAGCGUUGUAGAGCGAUGCUUUUGUUGCAGCCUGGACCUCCACCCCGCUGUACUUCUCUUUCAUUCACGUCCCCAGUCCAGACAGUUUUUAUGCUAUUGUGUCAUCGGCCCCAGUUCAUGACAACGCAUUCAGUCAGUCAUCACUCAAAUGAGUGACAACACUCCUUAACAGGUGUUAAGGCAAGUCAACGCUGUGCACGAAAAAGAGGUUGUGCAAAUAUUUGCCCUUUAUUUGGCACAGAUUUUAUUUGAUUUUAAACACCUGACGUUCCUCGAAGGUAACAGUGUAUUUGCUGGGGACUAUUGUUAGUGCCAAUGAAUCGACAUUCGCUUCUCUAGUGAGCAUUUGGAGCCAAACUAAAUCAACAGUUGAAAAAUCUGUGCACAGUUGGUGCAUAGAUGUGGUUUGUGUGGGAGGAAAACAAAGCAGACAGCCACAAGACAACAUAAUGAACACAUUAAUGCCGAACACACCAGGCAGCGGCAACUGACACUUGUUUGGCCUCCAAAACGCAAGCAGGCAAUACUUAAUAAUCCUUUCAUUUUUGCUUCCAAUGUUUGAAUUUACACAUGGAUUGGUUUUCCGAGAGGUGGUGAUGUCAGGAAAUGUCCACACGCCCGUGCGGAUCUUUCCCACGUUUCUCAUCUCACAAUAGAACCACGGUUGCAUUGGUUAUUUUUUUCACGAGAUUCCACACAUUGUAUUAUGUUAGUUCCACUGUGACAAAGGAUACGAGUCCAGCAUCAGUCUUAAGCCACAAUCAGAUAUUGUCACGUUUGUUUUUGGUAAAUGCAGUGUAUCAGUGUCUUCUCAAGACGUGGAUUUGGGGAGGUGCUGGAAACCUUCCCAGGGGAUUGAACCAGUGCCCAGUCAUUGGUAUUGUAACGUUCCCGUGGACUCUCCAGCCAAUCAUGCUACUAAUCUUUAAUCUUCUGCUGUGCACCAGACUGAACGUGGAGGUGUGGGCAAUAAUUCAGAGGUCUGGAACCUGACUACAUACUGUGAGCUUCUCUACUGACAACUAGACUUUAUUUCUUGCUUAUCUCACAAUUCUAUUAACCCUUGACACCAAAGUGCAUGAAUCCGUCACUUGAACUCUUAUGUUUGGCUCCAGUAAACGUUGAUCUUACUUCACCCCUUAAAGAAAUGUUUUGGUUUGUAUCAAGUUAUUUGGUCUCCAUUGAUGGUAUAAAAGAAGUGGACGUACUUACUGUUUGUGCUGUGCCGAUUUGAUGCUGCCAUCUUGUUUUUUUGGUCGUCGCUAUCUUAGUUUUUUUAACCAGUAGUGACAGGACCAGAGUGUUAAAAACUUUCAUGAACCGAAACCCCCCCCGAUCCUCCCCCAACAUGAAGGGUUAAAGCAGCACGUCAAAAACACGGUAAUCCACCAGAAAGAGCAAUGUCAGGGUAGCAACCUGUCAAUCAAGAGGUAGCCCCGCCCUAAAGCAUGCCUUGCUUUAUGGUAUUUAUGACUCUAGAUUUACCAUAAUUUACUCAACAAACAUUAUGUUGUAGACUUGAAACAACAGAUUGAGACAUAAACUCAUGUUUAGUUUGUUUUAAGAGAAGUAGAGCCGUGUUUUACAUCCCGACCUUUUGUUACCAGAGAAGUCGCCCCCCGAUGGACGUUGAGGAGAAUGCAAGCUUAAGCAAUUAAAACAUUGGCUUCCCUCUUUACAAUUGGAGGUUGCCGCCAGGUCGCCGACAUUUUGAGGAAUUUUAUAUGUGUAGUCUGAGUUGAGCGCGCAGCGCUAGCAAGCAGAGCGGAGAGGAAAUUAUCAGCGCUCCACGCCGAUGUUGUUAAUAACUCUCAAAUCUUUCCUCAGGGGAGAAUCAAAUAUAUUGAAAAGACAAAAUAUUUGGAUGGUCAACCAAUAACAUAAGUUCAAUAUAGUAACCCAUCAUAUCAUAUUGCUAUGAUAACUAACCGUUUAUAAACAUUUCUUGAUCAAACCA